GACAGCGGGGGUGGAUGUGGACGAGAAGAAAAAUGGGGAAUUCAGGCUUGUCGCUCCACUUGUACUUGUACCAUAUUAUGCAAUACGAAACCAAGUGAGUGGGUAAGGUAAGAUGAGGAGGGAAACCAAAAAAAGAAUAUUCGUAUCGCCCCAUCACUUUUAGUUUAAUUCAACUUGCUUAGGGAGAGCCCUUACCUAUAGUGAACUUCCCUCCUCCUCCACUGCGCAAGUACAAUACUGUGUGAACAGGACGAGAAAGAAAGAAAGAGUUUUGGAAACGGCUCUGGGAGUGGUCUUGAUUGCUUGCUGUUUAAAGGCCCCCCACUCUAUUUGAAUUUAUUACCCCUUGCUUUCAACUCUACUUUACUUGCACUUCUGCCCAUUUCCUUCUCCGUUUUUCCUCUCCUUUUUUUUGCUUUGAAUCGCAGGCCUCAGGGGGAGGAAGGUUUAUUUUUCCUAUGGCGACUUCAGCGGCGACAAUGGCGUCGGAUAUGAAGGAGUUGGCGCUCAAGACGAAAGAUAGGGAAUUGGGCGUUGAAGAUAAAGAUGCUCUCAAGUUGGAGGCAGCCUUAGGUCAUAAGCAAGCGUUGGAUAGGGGCUUUGGCCUAUUCAGUCUGACCAGUUUGGGGAUCAUCAUCGCGAAGUGAGUGCUUUUCCUGACCCUAAACCGCGGCAUUUUUCGUGGUAUCAUGUGAAGAGAUUGAAGAGGAAUUGGUGACUGACGAAGGUAUUGGAGGACCGCGUAAACAGCGCCUGGAGUCUUACUGGAGGCACUAUCGUGGUAGCGAUCAGCAAUGGAGGUCCUAUGGCAGUUCUUUACGGAUUGUGAGUUUUUUUUUUUUACCCUCGUUUCCCGUCUCCGCCUAGGCUAUCCUGUUGGAGUUGUAGCAUAGCAGCUGAUCAUGGACCAGGAUCCUUGUGACAAUCUUCUACAUUUUGAUCUCCGCAUCUCUCGCGGAAUUGGUCUCUUCAAUCCCUUCCUCAGGAGGAGUGUAUCAUUGGGCAUCCGUCACCGCGGGCCCCAGAUACGGCCGGGUCGUCGGGUGGUAUGCCGGGUUCCUCAAUCUCUGCGGAUGGCUACUAUCCGCGGCCUCUAUCUCCAGCACUCUGGGAACCGAACUGGUAGCUCUCUACCAACUCAGCUAUCCAGAGGUUGAGUGGAAAUCAUGGCAGGUCUUCAUCGCAUUCCAGAUCGUCAACUGGAUGUGCUGCUGCAUUGUCAUCUUCGGAAACCGCUACCUGCCGCUGAUCAACAAGAUCGCAUUUUACCUUAGCAUGGGGGGACUCUUCGUCACUAUCAUGGUCCUGACUAUCAUGUCGCGAGGCAGGCGUGCUAGCGAUACUUUCGUUUGGAAAGAUUACACUGACCUUUCCGGAUGGAAUAACGACGGUCUCUGCUUCAUACUCGGUCUCAUCAACGCCGCCUUCGCAGUUGGCACUCCUGACUGCCAGUCCCAUGUCGCCGAGGAAAUUCCAGAGCCGGAGAAGAACGUGCCAAAAGGAAUAAUGAUCCAGAUCGGAACCAGCUUCGUCACAGCUUUCGCUUACCUUAUCGCACUCUUUUACUCCAUCAAUGAUAUCGUGCUCGUCCUCGAUUCCCCAUCGCAAUUCCCAACGGCGGAGAUCUACAGACAGGCCACUGGCAGCACCUCCGGGGCUCUCGGGCUAACCGCGGUGCUGUUUUUGGCCACAUUCCCGACACUGAUCGGCACGCUGAUCACCGGCGGGCGAACCUUCUGGACACUCUCUCGCGACAAUGCCGCGCCAUUUGGCAGCUUCUUCACGAAGAUUUCCCCGACUUUUGGGUCGCCGCUCAGGGCUACCAUUGCUGUCUCGGCUGUCACUACCUGUCUCGGGGUUAUCCAAGUCGGUUCCACCACCGCCUUUCAGGCGCUUAUCGGGUCCUAUAUCGUUCUAUCGACGCUCUCCUACGCCGGUGCCAUCCUCCCGCACGUACUCACCGGCCGCAAAACUAUUGUUCCGGGUCCCUUCCAUCUUGGAAAGGCCGGAUUCGCUAUAAACAUCAUCUCGCUGCUAUAUAUCGCUGUAACAGUCGUGUUCUUCUGCUUCCCAUUCGCCAUGCCCGUUGAGGCCGGGAAUAUGAAUUAUACCAGCGUGAUUGUAUCGGGAUUCGUCGUCCUCAUCACCUUCUGGUGGUUCGUUCACGGAACCGGGAAAUACGAGGGGCCCAAGUACUACAAGGAGGCAGCCAAGCAGUUUGCCGAUUCAGGGAGUGUUGACAUCGCCGAGCUUCAAUAAACUUUUCAGUGACUUGAGCAUUGUCGAACUGUGUUCCUUGCCUUUUUUUUCUUUCUUUUUUUCCCAUAUAUACUCUUUUGAUGUGCAAUGAUUGAAACUUAUUUAUAUUUUCUCUCUUCGGCAGCCACGAGGGAAAAUGUUUUUAAUAGCGAAUAUAUUUAUUUAUUUAUUUAUUCAUUUUUUAUGUAGCACCGGAGUGAAUCUUGAUUCCGAGGAAAUUCAAUUCAAUUCAUUCAUUGCCAAAGAUAUUCACAAAAAGGUCUGCAGUACCGUAGGGUACAAUUUACACUUUCACAAAAUUUUCAACAGAGUGUGAAAGAGCCAACCCCCCACGCUAUUCCUCGAGUUCACUAACCAAUAUUUGCUAAAAAAAUAAAAAAAUAAAUAAAAACCAUCA